AUGCUCUCCGGCCAGCACGCUUUUAUCACCGGCGGGUCCCAGGGGCUGGGCUACGCAAUUGCACGCAAAUUGGGCUCUAACGGGUGCCAGGUGACUCUCCUGUCACGGAACUUCGAGAAACUCCAGCGCAAAGUGGAAGAACUCAACGAGACUUAUCCGCAUCCUCGAAAACACGAUUGCGUAGCAUACGAUCUAAAAGACCCUAGCGGCCUCGAGUCGAUAGUGAAAAACCACGAAGGCCUCAAAACAGCCAACAUCCUCGUCAAUUGCGCCGGCAUCCCGCAGUCCAGCUUGCUCAUGUCGACGCCGAGCCAGGAAAUCCAGGACAUCAUCAAUGUCAACCUCGUGUCUCCGCUGAUCUUGUGCAAGCUAUUUGCCAGAAGCAUGAUGCGUCUGCAAAAUCCAAACAUAGUCAACAUCUCCUCAGUGCUGGCCAGAGACUGUUCGCGAGGAACCGCAGCAUACAGCGUCUCGAAAAGCGGUCUCAACAAACUGACCCAGACGCUGGCCUUCGAAAUGAAGUCCAAGAAAGUGCGAGUGAACGCAAUCAUGCCGGGACUGAUGCCGGAGACAGACAUUGGGAAAAAAGUCACCAAGGGGACGGUCAAGUCGUCGCGUCUCACGUGCGACGACGUGGCCGAAAAGGUGCUAUCGCUGAUUGUUGAUCCGGAACUGACAGGAGAGUGCGUUGCAGUUGAGUAG